AUGAAGCAUAUGAAUGCCACUCUUCCUCAUACUCUCCCUGAGGAUUUGAUCACAGAAAUUCUGAUGAUGUUGCCUGUGAGAUCGAUAUUGCGUUUUAAAUGCAUGUGUAAGUCAUGGUUUUCUCUUAUUUCUCAUCCAGAAUUCGCUCGAUCCCACUUUGCCCUAGCUGCAACAACCACCACCAGACUUUUUCUGUCAGCCAACUAUCAUCAAGUUGAAUGCACAGAUAUAGAGGCAUCACUUCAUGAUGAUAAUUCUGCCAAAGUAGUCUUUAACUUUCCUCUUCCGUCACCCCAAGACAAAUAUUAUAAUUGCGUGAUAGAUAUCGUGGGUUCAUGUAGAGGAUUUAUACUCUUGUUAACCAGUGGUGCCUUUGAUUUCAUCAUAUGGAAUCCUUCAACGGGUCUCCGGAAAGGAGUUAGCUAUGUGAUGGAUGAUCAUGUAUAUAAUUUCUAUGUUGAUCGAUGUGGCUUUGGAUAUGACUCAUCAACUGAUGACUACGUGAUAGUGAAUUUAAGAAUUGAAGGGUGGUGCACAGAGGUCCAUUGUUUCUCCUUGAGAACCAAUUCAUGGAGUCGCAUUUUGUGUACUGCUCUAUAUUAUCCUCAUUAUUGUGGACAUGGAGUGUUCUUUAAUGGAGCUCUUCAUUGGUUUGUUAGACCCUGUGAUGGUCGUCCUCAAGCUGUGAUUAUUUCAUUUGAUGUGACGGAAAGGGGAUUAUUUGAAAUUCCACUGCCACUUAAUUUCGCCGUUGAAGAUGAAAUAUAUGUCAAAGAUGAAAUAUAUAAUUUGAGGGUCAUGGAAGGAUGUCUGUGUCUCUGUGUUGUUAAAAUGGGUUGUGGAACUACAAUUUGGAUGAUGAAAGAAUAUCAAGUGCAGUCAUCGUGGAUCAAGUUAAUUGUUCUAAUUUAUAAUCAGUGUCAUCCUUUUCUCCCUGUCUUUUACCCAAUAUGUUUAACCAAAAACGAUGAGUUUUUGGGAUCAAAUCAUAAGACAUUAGUGAAACUUAAUAAGAAAGGUGAUUUGCUUGAGUAUCACGCACGUUGCCACAACAUGGGCAGUACUAUUUUAGUACGCUGUGGUGUGUACAGAGAGAGUUUGCUAUCACUCCCUGAGUAA